AUGAGGGAGUCUUUAGAGGGCCUUAGCCCCAUGGGGUUCUCCGAGGGACAGCGAGUGCCAGCCCCCCAGAGUGAGUCCGGGGAAGUGUCCCAUGGUGCCCAGGAGCAGGUGUCUCAUGCUAGGGAAGAGAGAGGGCUAGGCUCAUGUUCAGGACUCGAGGCUCCCAGACCUGAGCAUGGUGUCCACAUGGAACAAAAGGAUUCCCCCAGUGGAGCAGGCUGGGCAGCCACACCACCAAAGGCUGAGGCAGGGGGCUCCUGUCCAGGGGACGAAUGGAUGGUUCGAAAGGUGAAGGUGGAGGAUGACGACCCUGAACCCGAAGCAGAGAUGGAAUGGCCUCAGCAUCUGCCCUUCUUCUCCAGCUCGCUCUCGACACCAGACCUGGGACCUGUGGCUGCCACCUACAAACUGGAGCCCGGGGAGCCAGAUGGGCUUGCACUGUCUGGGUGGACCCCCGCCCCAGAGAAGCCCUUUGGCUGCAGAGACUGCGAGAGGCGCUUCAGAGACAGGCUGACUCUGACUCUGCACCAGCGGCUGCACCGUGGCGAGGGCGCAUGCGCCUGUCCAGAGUGCGGCCGCAGCUUCGCACAGCGCGUGCACCUGGUGCUGCACCAGCGCAGCCACCGGGGUGAGCGGCCUUUCCCGUGCUCCGAGUGCGACAAGCGCUUCAGCAAGAAGGCGCACCUGACCCGCCACCUCCGCACGCACACGGGCGAGCGCCCCUACUCAUGCACAGAGUGUGGCAAGCGCUUCAGCCAGAAGAUCCAUCUGGGCUCCCACCAGAAGACCCACACCGGCGAGCGGCCCUUCCCCUGCGCCGAGUGCGACAAGCGCUUCCGCAAGAAGACACACCUGAUCCGCCACCAGCGCAUCCACACUGGUGAGCGGCCCUACCCGUGCACGCGAUGUUCCCGCAGCUUCACGCACCGGCAGCACUUGGCGCGGCACCAGCGGGUGCACGAGGUUCAGCCGCCUGCGCCCGCAGCAGUCCCGCCCCUCGAAGGCUCAGACUCCACCUUGGGCUGCAAGAGCCUUGCGUCUCCGCAGUCUCUCCAUGGCAGCUCACUCGCCUCUGCGGACCCCGCUGUGGAUCCUGCACCCCUGGUCCACGAACGGCCUUUGUGCUGCCCUGACUGUGGGCGCCGCUUCGUCCAGGGACAGCACCUGGUGCGGCAUGGUCGCGUGCACGCGGGCGAGCGGCCCUUCUCCUGUGUGCAGUGUGGCCACCGAUUCGGUUCUUGGCCCAACCUGGCAGCACACGCCAGAGCCCACAGCGGGGCCAGACCUUUUGCCUGUGCGCAGUGUGGCCGCUGCUUCAGCCGCAAGUCGCACCUGGGCCGUCACCAGGCUGUGCACACAGGCAGCCGGCCCCAUUCCUGCACUGUCUGUGCCCGCAGCUUCAGCUCCAAAACCAAUCUGCUGCGUCACCAGGCCAUCCACACCGGCUCCCGCCCCUUCCCCUGUGCUCAGUGUGGCAAGAGCUUCAGUCGCAAGACACACCUAGUGCGGCACCAGCGUGUCCACUCAGUGGGGGCCACCCAGUCUGUCUCUUGUCCUGCACCUGCCUGGCCCCCUGGCAGCAAGGGAACACCGCCCUCACUCUUCUUCUGA